GCAACGAGAGAGGUCGAAAGCAUGAGCAGCAACUUGUGUCGAGUGUGCAACCAUGAGCACGAGCAAGGCGUCAAGUGUCCGAUCUGCGGCCACAUUGGCAAGUGCAAGGUGCUAAUGCUGCUCAAGAAGAAUGCGCCCAUCAACCAAGUGUCGUUGCGCGCCUUCCGCAUCGACGUGCAUGCGAGCCCGAUUCUCGGCGACUGGAGCUUUAGCCGCCUCUUGCGCGAACAGAUCUUUGCGCUGCCGACAGCCAUGUUUGGGGCGCCGCUCUUCGACAACCUCGACGUCACGAACGCGUGCAAGCACAUCCUCAUCUUUGUCGGCGAUGCGCCCGUGGGCACGGCGCGCUGGAGCUUUACGUACGACAAUGGCGUCGAGGUCGCGCUCAUCGAGAAGUUUGGCCUUCUCGACACCCAUCGCCGGCUGGGCCAUGGCACCAAGAUGCUCGAGUACAUCAUCCAGGACAUUGCAACGACGUCGGCCGAGGUCGGGCGGGAUGUGUUUGCGAUCGUCGCAAGCGUCCGCAACAAUGUGGACGAGCCGGCGUACAAGCUCUUCCUCAAGUGCAAGUUCCAGCCCAAGGCGCCUGAGGGCCACGCCCAAGACAGCAGCAUCAAGAUGGUGCUGACCCACAACUAAGUUGUCGUCAUCGUCA